UGGGGGGGCCCAAGCGUCCGGGUGCCAACGUCCUCCCCCGCUCAAAGGCAGCCGAGCCCACUUCCUUCCCCCUUCUCCAGGGGGCUCGGUUGCUGUCGGGGCUUCCCCAUACACACGUGGCUCUAAAGGGAAGGGAGAGGUCUGGGGGCCACCCCCCAGACCCCCCAACCCCAGGGGUCCCAGGGUUCUGGGGGCCACCCCAUAGACCCCCCCCAGCCCAAGGGGUCCUGGGGGCCACCCCACAGACCCCACCCCCCAGCCCCAAGGGGACCCAGGGGUCUGGGUGUCACUGGAACCACCUCACAGGCUCCCCUGGUGCCACCCCAUAGGCCCCUACCCUAAGUGCCACCCCAUAGGCCCCCUGCCCAAAGGGGUCUCCGUGACCCCCACAGCCUCCUGCCAUUAACAUCCCCCCAGCCUCGCCUUGCAAGGCCUGCUGGGAGCCCAGCUGCUGGGGUUCCCUGGGGAGCCAAGCAGGGCAGCAUGGGAGCCCAGAUGCUCUCAGUUCCCUUGGGGGGAAGCAUGGGGGCAGAGAGGGGCAUGACGGGAGCCCACUCCCCCAGGGGCACUUCAGGGGGGUACACCCACACCACCUGGGUCCCCAAAAACCUCUCCAGGACCCCUAAAUGUCCCCCACUGCCCCCCUCCCAGAGGCACCAGGAGGAGGCUGAUAAGCUAUCAGUAAUUAACCAUUAACAAGCGACAGGAGAGCUACGAGCUGGGGCCUCGGGGCCCGCCCCCCCCCAAAGCACCAAAGGGCCGCGGCCGCCGCAAGCAGGAGCGGCUGGAGGACAUGAAGAAGGAGAUGGAUGUGGAUGACCACAAGCUUGAACUGCCCGACCUGGAGGCCAAGUACAGCACCAGCAUCACCAAGGGCCUGGUGGGGGCGGUGGCGGCUGAGCGGCUGCUGCGGGAUGGCCCCAACGAGCUGCGCCCCCCCCGGGGGACCCCUGAGUGCGUCAAGUUUGGGCGGCAGCUGGCUGGGGGGCUCCAGUGCCUGAUGUGGGUGGCAGCGGCCAUUUGCCUCAUCGCCUACGGCGUGCAGGAGGGGCAGGGCGAUCGCGGCAGCGCCGACAACCUUUACCUCGCCAUUGCCCUCAUUGCUGUUGUCGUUGUCACUGGCUGCUUUGGCUACUACCAGGAGUUCAAGAGCACCAACAUCAUUGCCAGCUUCAAGAACCUCGUCCCCCAGCAAGCCACAGUGAUCCGGGAAGGGGACAAGCUGCAGAUCAAUGCCAACGAGCUGGUGGUUGGGGACCUGGUGGAGAUCAAAGGCGGGGACCGAGUGCCUGCAGACAUCCGCAUCAUCUCAGCCCAGGGCUGCAAGGUGGGCCCGGGCACAUGGGUCAGCUGGAGGGGAAAUGGGCACCAGGAUGCCUGGGUACCCUGGGCUGAGCCGUGUCCCCCCCCUUCCCAGGUGGACAACUCAUCGCUGACGGGGGAGUCUGAGCCGCAGACGCGGUCACCCGAGUGCACCCAUGACUCGCCCCUGGAGACCCGCAACAUCGCCUUCUUCUCCACCAUGUGCCUGGAAGGGACCGCCACGGGGCUGGUGAUCAACACGGGUGACCGGACCAUCAUUGGGCGCAUUGCCAGCCUGGCCUCGGGUGUGGAGAACGAGAAGACGCCCAUCGCCAUCGAGAUCGAGCACUUCGUUGACAUCAUCGCCGGCCUCGCCAUCUUCUUCGGCGCCACCUUCUUCGUGGUGGCCAUGGUCAUCGGAUACCCCUUCCUCCGUGCCAUGGUCUUCUUCAUGGCCAUUGUCGUGGCCUAUGUCCCCGAGGGGCUGCUGGCCACUGUCACAGUUUGCCUCUCACUGACGGCAAAGCGGCUGGCACGGAAGAACUGCGUGGUGAAGAACCUGGAGGCAGUGGAGACGCUGGGCUCCACCUCGGUGAUCUGCUCUGACAAGACCGGGACCCUCACCCAGAACCGCAUGACGGUGGCACACCUCUGGUUCGACAACCAGAUCCACACGGCCGACACCACUGAGGACCAGUCGGGUCAGAGCUUCGACCAGUCAUCGGAGACGUGGACGCUGCUGAGCCGCGUCGUCACCCUCUGUAACAGGGCCCAGUUCAAGUCUGGCCAGGAGAACGUCCCCGUGGCUAAGCGCGAGGUCAUCGGCGACGCCUCGGAGACGGCGCUGCUGAAAUUCGCUGAGGUGACGGUAGGGACGGUGUCGGAGGCACGGGGACGCUUCCCCAAGGUGGCCGAGCUGCCCUUCAACUCCACCAACAAGUUCCAGGUGGGGAUCCGGGGCACCAAGGAGCGGGGAGGACAACCUGGGGCGCCAGUCAGGGCGUGGGUCGAGGUGACCAGGAGGGGACCCUUGCAGCUCUCAGUGCACGCGGCGGGGGACCGCCAGCUGCUGGUGCUGAAGGGGGCCCCCGAGCGGGUGCUGGAGCGCUGCAGCACCGUCAUGAUCAAGGGGCAGGAGCUGCCACUCGACGCCCAGUGGCGGGAGGCCUUCGAGGGGGCCUACGCCGACCUGGGGGGCCGCGGGGAGCGUGUCCUGGGGUUCUGCGCGCGCUGGCUGCCCGCAGGGACGGUGGCAGCAGGGACAGACCCCGAGGCGCUGCCGGAGGUGGCCGUGGGCCUCUGCUUCGCUGGGCUGGUGGCCAUGAUCGACCCCCCGCGGGCCACCGUGCCCCGUGCCGUGCUCAAGUGCCGCACGGCUGGCAUCAGGGUGAUCAUGGUGACCGGUGACCACCCCAUCACGGCCAAGGCCAUCGCUGCUGCCGUGGGCAUCAUCUCGGAGGGCAGCGAGACCCCCGAGGACGUGGCGGCGCGGCUGCGGGUGCCCCUGGAGCAGGUGGACCCCAGGCAGGCGCGGGCACGAGUGGUGACGGGGGCCGAGCUGGCUGGCAUGGCCCCGGGUGUCCUCGAGGGGAUCCUGCGCGCCCACCCGGAGAUGGUCUUUGCCCGGACAUCACCGCAGCAGAAGCUUGUCAUCGUGGAGAGCUGCCAGCGGCUGGGCGCCAUCGUGGCGGUGACGGGGGACGGGGUGAACGACUCCCCAGCACUGAAGCGCGCCGACAUCGGGGUGGCCAUGGGCAUCGCCGGCUCUGACGCCGCUAAGAACGCGGCCGACAUGAUCCUGCUGGAUGACAACUUCGCCUCCAUUGUCACCGGCGUGGAGCAAGGCCGCCUGAUCUUUGACAAUCUGAAGAAGUCCAUCGCCUACACGCUGACCAAGAACAUCCCCGAGCUGACGCCCUACCUCAUCUACAUCACAGCCAGCGUGCCGCUGCCGCUGGGCUGCAUCACCAUCCUCUUCAUCGAGCUCUGCACCGACAUCUUCCCCUCGGUGUCCCUGGCCUACGAGCGCGCCGAGAGCGACAUCAUGCACUUGAAGCCGCGCAACCCCCGGCGUGACCGCCUGGUGAACGAGCCCCUGGCCGCCUACUCCUACUUCCAGAUUGGCGCCAUCCAGUCAUUCGCCGGCUUCACCGACUACUUCGUGGCCAUGGCGCAGGAGGGCUGGUGGCCGCUGCUCUGCCUGGGACUGCGCGCGCGCUGGGAGGACACGCACGAGCAGGAGCUGCAGGACAGCUACGGGCAGCAGUGGACCUUCGAGCAGCGCCGCUACCAGCAGUACACAUGCUACACCGUCUUCUUCAUCAGCAUCGAGAUGUGCCAGAUCGCCGACGUCCUCAUCCGAAAGACCCGGCGCCUCUCCCUACUGCAGCAGGGCCUCUUCCGGAACCACAUCCUGGUGAUCGCCAUCGUCUUCCAGGUGUCCAUCGGCUGCUUCCUCUGCUACUGCCCCGGGAUGCCCAACAUCUUCAACUUCAUGCCCAUCCGGUGGGGGCCCCCCCCACACGGUAUGUUGUGUCCCCCCCCAAAAAAAAACAGGCACACCCUGAGCGCCCCCUCCCCGCAGGUUCCAGUGGUGGUUCGUGCCCAUGCCCUUCGGCCUCCUCAUCCUCAUCUACGACGAGAUCCGCAAGCUGGGCGUGCGGCGGCACCCAGGGAGUCAGUUCCCCCCCCCCAGGGGUCCUGUGCCCCACCCGGGGGUCCUGUACCCCUUGGGGUCCCAGGACCUCCCCUCACCCCCUUUUUCCCCCCAGGCUGGUGGGAUCGUGAGCUCUACUACUGAGGCUGCCGCCCUGCAAGGGGCAGGGGGGGCAUCCAUGUCCCCCCCCCAGGACACUUGGACCCCCCCACAACACCGGGACC